AACUAAAACUGUUUAAGUUUCAACAUGAACUUUCUGUUUUUAGCUCUACUUCUGGUAGGGUGUUCCCUCGCGGACAUCUUCAUGACCAACCCCAAGGGAUCUAACAACCGACUGAACGAGAACACAGUGAACAGAAAGAACGGAGCCAGACUGUUUGACUCACAGAACAACAACAAGGGAGGAUACAAUGUAGGAGAGCGAGGAGUUGAGGCUAACAACGAGGACCACACCCAACAGUUCCAGAUAGAAUACCACGGAAGUGGACCAGGAGCAGCAGAAGAGAGCCGUCUAGUGGUGGAGUGGGCGCACCAACACGGCUGUGGAGCCAACCCCAAGGUGCAGUGUAACAAUGUGAUCCAGUACAUGUGCAUGAACCAGGGAGAUAAGGACGAUUAUCCUGCUGGAGACGGGGACAGUGAUCAGGAUACCAAAGAGCGAGCUAACUACUUGAGGGAUGGAAUCAUUACUAAUAGACAAACAUACAUCCAGGGAAAGGGUCGACAUGAGAUGACAGACGAGGAACAUCUCGCACGUCUGGCAGGGGCGUACGCUGCACUCGAUGCUAACAGAGGUCUCCACGAAUCUUUUAAGUGGUAUGAUAUGUGCCGGUACAGAGAGGCCAACAACGGCCUCUUUAGGGCAGAUCAAGAAAUCCAAGACAACAGAUAUUCUUUCUUCGACAAAAAGAGUUACCCUAGCAGUCACAGGACAAGACAGAAUAAGGGUGGAAAUGUGAGAGGGUUCGAGUGUCCUGAGGAGCGAGACUACUAUCCCUACUGGGAACCUACACUUCAGGGACCAUAUGAUGCAGAGUACCAGCGGACUCCUUGGAUAGACGCUGCAUAUCUCGGGGACACUUCCAACUGCAGAAAUGUGAACAAGAACUCCUUCAACUCAAACAAUAAGUACAGGUGUGUUUUGCCAGGAGCGAGAGACUACGGUAAGUCUAUCCAUGAAGAGGGUUGCACAGCAGAGGGUGGAAAGUGGGUUUCUUUUGAGUCUUACCUUGAAGUCCUGGAGAAAGUUGACACAGAGGAGGCAUGCAAUGAGGUUGCGGCGCAAAAUGAAGUUAACCAGGUCGUAUGGAGACCACUGAGAAGUGACUCUGAAGAAGAUAAAUGUAUUGUAAAAGCUCCUCGACCGUUCUGCGGAAGAGCUGCAACUACCCGGAAUAACCACCUGGGCAACGCCCUGGCUAACCCUCUCUACUCUACCAGAUUUAACCUGAGACUUCCUCACUUCCCCAGCGGAGACACUAAGCGGUGCGUUCUCAGGGUCAGGUACAACAUCACCACUGCAGAUUACGACUCAAAGAACACAUUCGCUGACUCCAACGGGGACGCUUCGCCGGUAACGAACGACCCGACAGUAAACAUAUUAGGCGAGGGAGAUGAGCUGCAACUAGCUCUAGCAAUCAACACAGCGCAGUUUGGUCGCACAUUCCAGGACAGGUCACACAUCUUCAAGGUCCUGCCAAGAACUGAAGCUAUGGCUGGCAAAGUUCUCCACAAUCUGAACGUCAGAGGCCAGAGGGGUAACAUCGUGCAGAAUUUCCCCGCUGUGGAAUACGACUUUGUACCCGACGAGUUAAAGAUGGCAACUGGAGAUCUAGUGCAUGUUCAGUGGUCAGGAUACAACACAAACCCGCCCAACCGCGCGGGAGAAGGAACUGAUGCUACCGACCGGAACAACUUUGUCCAGAUGUCAGGAGACUUGGAUACCAGCUACCCUCAACAAUUCAAUAAGUCCGACCUCUGGAGCAACGUAGAGUCCCUGACUGCUCCGGAUGCCUCCCCAAAAGACAUCGCAGUGUCCCUAGCUAGUUCCGGGUACUACUGUGGGUACGAGGCUCACAGUACUUGUCCUGCUGAGCAGAGUCUCACUGGAAACCAGAGGGAAGCUCUUCAGGGGCAGCUCAAUAACGCUAACGCUAGUUAUCGUGGACAUGUGCUGAAGGUGAAGGGAGCUGGGAACUACUUCUACCUGUGCACCAGGAAUAAUGCCUUCACUAACCGUUCCCAGAAGGGCUCUAUCAUCGUACAGGAUCCUGACCUUUAAACAUCCAACUUGAAUGUACCGAAUUGUUCUUUUUUAAGAACUCAGAAUUUUAAACA